CUGUCUAAGGUCAGGUUUCACAUGCUCUCCAUUCUUUGCUUGUUUCAGGAGAAGAAGAAAAGAAGGCUAUAUUUUGAAUUACACCCACAUUUGUCUAAUAAUGUGGAUGAACUGAGCACAGCAGAAUUUUGCAAACAUUUAUGACCAAUCAUUUUUCAACAUGGGGAAACACUUGGCAUUUUUAAUCCUCAUAACAUCUUUAAUUACAAAUACCUUCAGUGUAAAGAAAAUUGCUGAGCAGGGGAAGAACAAAUGCGAUGAGAAGACACUUGUCACCACAAAAACCAUAUGCAGAUCUUGUUCUCUCAAUUUUGAAAUCCAGUGUCCUGAUGGUUAUACCAAAAUCACCAAUAGCUCUGGGAUACGUGACUGCAGGUACUACCUUGAAAUCAGGACUUUCACUCUGUCCCUCCCUGGCUGUCGGCAUAUAUGCAUAAGGGAAUUCCAGCAGUCUCAGUGUUGCCGAGGAUAUUGGGGGCCAGAAUGCCUAGAAUGUCCAGGUGGAGCAACAUCACCCUGUAAUAACAAGGGGCUUUGUUUUCAGGGUGUUAUUGGAAAUGGAACCUGUGCCUGCCAGAAUGGCUUUGGCGGAACUGCCUGUGAAAAAUGUGCAGAAGACUAUCUUUUUGGACCUAACUGCACUUCAGUAUGCAACUGCAUUCAUGGCAUAUGCAACAGUGGGAUAUCUGGAGAUGGGAAAUGCACAUGUUUGUCUGGAUACAAAGGUCCUAGCUGCGACCAACCAAUACCUGAAUGCCAAGCCUUGCACUGCCCAGUAAAUUCCAGGUGCUCUGUCUCUAGUGCAAAUGAAAACCAAAUGGACUGCAAAUGCCUUCCAAACUAUGAGGGAGAUGGCAAACAAUGUGAACCCAUCAACCCAUGCUCAAAGAAGGUUUGUGAUCCUCAUGCUGAUUGCUUCUACCUUGGACCCAAUCGUCAUAAAUGUACAUGCCAAUAUGGUUACAAAGGAGACGGCCAAGUUUGCAUACCAAUAGAUCCUUGCCAAGCAAAAUUUGGGAAUUGCCCUACAGAGUCUACUGUCUGUAAAUAUGAUGGCCCUGGAAAGUCCCACUGUAAAUGCAAAGAACAUUUCAGAAAGUUUGUACCUGGAGGAGGAUGCAGUAUGACAGAUAUCUGUGCAACUAACAAUCCUUGCCAUAAAUAUGCUGAAUGCACAAUGGCUGCACCAGGACAAACUCUAUGUACAUGCCAAAAGGGUUAUGUAGGUGAUGGAUUUAUAUGCUAUGGAAACAUUAUGGACCAAAUUAGAGACAUGAACACCAAACCUGGAGGACAGUGGCAAGGAAAACUAAUAUCUGCAAUAGAACUCUUUGAAAAUGCCUAUGAAUGGCCACUGAAUACUUUGGGACCAUUUACAGUUCUUGUUCCAACAAAUAAGGGGUUCAGAGGAAUCAAUAUUAAAGAUCUUCUUUCUAAUAAAGAAAGCGCCCAAUAUUUUGUGAAGCUCCAUAUAUUUGCUGGUCAGCUAGACCUGAAUGGGUUGAAUAAUAUAAGUACAGUUUAUACUCUGACUGGCAAACCAGGAGACAUAUUAAAUGAUGAAAAGGACAGGGUGUUAAGAAUUAGAAUACAGGGAGGUAAGAAGAAAGUGAAAAUCCUGCAAGGAGACAUUGUUGCUUCCAAUGGAAUUGUGCACAUUAUCGAUAGAGCCCUCCUGGACAACAUGGAACCCAGCUUUCAAAGUGACAAAGAGAGAUCUAUAAUGGCAAUGCUUCAAGAAAAACCAAGAUACAGCAAAUUUAGAUCCAUAGUGGAGAAUAGUGUCGUGGCACCAAUGUUAGAUAUACAUCCAGGACCUAAUACAAUAUUCAUUCCAACCAAUGAUGCUUUGAAGAACCUGAGAGAUGGAGCACUGGACUACCUGUUGUCAAGUAAGGGUUCACGAAAGCUUCGAGAGCUAGUUCAAUAUCACAUUGUUUCUCACACCCAGCUGGAGGUUGCCAACGUUAUUUCAAUAGGGCACAUCAAGACUAUGGCUCAACAGUUCAUCUAUUUUAACGUCACCAAUUGUGGACAAAUCCUGGUCAAUGGUGAACCUAUAGAAGAAACAGACAUCUCUGCAAAAAAUGGCCGAAUUUACACACUUUCUGGUGUUCUUAUACCUCCCUCCAUAACCCCAGUUCUGCCACAGAGAUGUGAUGAAGAGAAAAUUGAGAUUAAGAUGGGUACUUGUGGAAAAUGUCCAGCAUUUCACAGGAACAGUUGUCCAGAAGGUUCAAAACCUGUUGCUUUAACAAGGAAUAGAUGCAUUUACCAUGAGCAGACCCUUCUAAGAUACGGGUGUGCUAAGUACUGCAAUGUCACAGAAAAGGAGUCUAAGUGUUGCAAAGGGUUCUUUGGCCCAGACUGCAAUCAGUGCCCUGGUGGCUUUUCCAAUCCCUGCUCAGGAAAUGGACAGUGUAUGGAUGGCAUGCAAGGGAAUGGAACUUGUGUUUGCGAUAGGAGAUUUACAGGAUCACAUUGCCAGUUCUGUUCAGACCCAAAUAAAUAUGGACCACACUGUGACAAAAAAUGUAUGUGUGUUUAUGGAAAGUGUGACAACCAAAUAGACAGUGAUGGCAUCUGCCUUCCUGGUUCGUGCAAAAGUGGGUAUACUGGAAAAUUAUGCGACACCCAGGUGUUUCCAUGUGGGACUUUUCUUCAGUUCUGCCAUGCACACGCUGAUUGCCAGUUUGCUAAUGGUGCUAUGAGCUGUGUUUGUAAACCUGGAUAUGAAGGAGAUGGCAUAAUUUGCAGUGAAGUAGAUCCUUGUGCUAAUUUAAUCCCACACAGCUGCAAUGCUAACGCAGAAUGUAUUAAGACUGGUCCUGGAACCCAUGAGUGUGUCUGCCAGCCAGGAUGGACAGGAAAUGGAAGAGACUGUUCAGAAAUCAACAACUGCCUGCUGCCAAAUUUUGGAGCAUGUCAUAGUAAUGCUACCUGCUUAUAUAUAGGUCCUGGUCAGAAUGACUGUGAAUGUAAGGAAGGAUUUCGGGGGAAUGGAUAUGAAUGUGAACUGAUAAACUCUUGUUUGGAACAAAUUGGGAAGUGCCAUCCACUGGCUGUUUGUCAGUUAACAUCAUCUGGAGUCUGGGAAUGUGUAUGUUCAAGGGGCUAUGAGGGAGAUGGCAGCAUAUGCUAUGGAAAUGCAGUGGAGGAAUUGUCUUCUCUGUCGGAAGCAGCCGGGUUUAAUGAGUGGGUUGGUGCAGCUACAGUGAAGACGCUACUGACAGAUAUGGCAAAUCUAACCAUCCUUGUGCCUUCUCAGCAAGCAAUUCAAAACAUGGGGCAAGACGAAAAAGCUUUUUGGAUGUCAAAAGACAACAUCCUAAUCCUAAUAAAACAUCACAUAUUAGAGGGAACGUACACAGUUUCUGACCUCCAGAGCUUGUCAUCAUCUGACGGACUGGCAACAUCUUUGUAUGGCAACUUCCUGCCACUGUCCAAAAGAAGUGGAAAUCUCUCUGUUGACGGAGCCAACAUCAUUACUGGUGAUAUUGCAGCAAAAAAUGGGAUUAUACAUGUAAUUGAUAAGGUUCUGACACCCCUUCGAGGAGUGAGUGGGACAUUGCCAAAACUGCUUGCUCGCUUGGAACAGAUGCCAGAUUACUCCAUUUUCAGGGGUUACAUUAUUCAGUAUAACCUGGCAAGUGAAAUAGAAGCUGCUAGCACUUACACCAUUUUUGCUCCAAGCAAUGAUGCCAUUGAAACUUACCUCAAGAAUAAACAGUUAACCUCUCUGGAUGAAGCCCAGAUCCAGUACCAUGUUAUUUUGGAGGAGAAGCUCUUGAAGAAUGACAUGCAUAAUGGCAUAUUCAAGGAGACAAUGCUUGGAUUGUCCUUUAGAGUGGGAUUCUUCAUUCAUGAUGCCCAGCUCUACAUAAAUGAGGCACCCAUAAAUUACCCAAAUGUUGCAACUGAUAAAGGAAUAAUCCAUGGACUGGGAAGAGUAAUGGAAAUCAAGAAGAACAGAUGUGAUAUUAACGACACUGUGAUUGUAUCUGGAAAGUGUUCGUCCUGCUUGAGCCCACCUGCCUGUCCUGAUGGAACUACCCCAGUGCCGGGCAAGAAAGUGAGCUGCCUUUAUCUCCAUAACUAUAGGAUGUCCCUUCGCUAUGGAUGCCAGCCUAAGUGUCUUAAAACUACAAUUGCCAGAGAAUGUUGUGCAGGCUUCUAUGGCCCACAGUGCGAGCCUUGCCCAGGGGUGGCUGGAAAUACUUGCUUCGGAAAUGGAAUUUGCUUGGAUGGCAUCAAUGGCACUGGUUCUUGUGAGUGUGAAGCGGGAUUCGAGGGAUUGGCCUGUAAUAAAUGUAUCAAAGGCAAAUAUGGCACCAACUGUGAUCAAGAAUGUGCCUGUAUCCAUGGGAAAUGCAACAGUGAUAUUCAAGGCGAUGGCUCUUGUGAAUGUGAUGUUGGUUGGAGAGGAGUGAAAUGUGAGGAUGAAAUCAAAGAUGAUAAAUGCAACAAUACCUGCCACAGCAGUGCCAACUGCCUUCUCAAUCCCUACGGCACAGCGUAUUGCAAGUGUGCAGCUGGGUUUAAAGGGAACGGGACAUAUUGUUCAGCUAUCAAUGCAUGUGAAACCAGCAAUGGAGGUUGCUCAGCCAAAGCAGAAUGUAGACGCACCACUCCAGGAAACAGACUGUGUGUUUGUAACGCAGGUUACACUGGAGAUGGAGUAGUUUGCUUUGAAGUCAACCCCUGCUUGGAGAAUAAUGGUGGGUGUCAUAAAAAUGCAGAGUGCACUCACACUGGACCCAAUCAGGCAGCAUGUAAUUGUUUAAAUGGAUAUUCUGGGGAUGGCAAAACAUGCACCUACAUCAGUCUGUGUACAAUUAAUAAUGGUGGCUGUGGGCAAAAUGCAGUCUGCAAUGAUACUGAAUACUCAGAAAGGACCUGUAGAUGUCGACCCAGUUAUGUUGGAGAUGGAUUUAUUUGCAGAGGCAGCAUCUUCACGGAACUUUCAAGGGAUUCCAACACCACUUGGUUUAAGGGAUAUCUAAUGGACGCUAAAAUCAACGAUAUUAUAGGAGCAGGCCCUUUCACUGUUUUUGCACCAAACAAAGAAGCAUUUCUAAAUGAACUAAAAGUUAGUGACUGGAUCGGCAAAGGUGUGAUGCCCCAGAUUCUUCGCUACCAUAUAGUGUCCUGUACUGGGCUGCUCUAUAGUGAUCUGACAUCCGAUAAAACUGUCACCACUCUCCAUGGAGAUCAGCUCAAGAUUACAUUCUCACAGAAUUCAGUUUUUUUGAAUGGGAAAGUUAAGAUUUUAACCAGUGAUCUAAUCAGCACAAAUGGAGUAAUACAUAUCAUAGACAAAGUCCUAAUUCCACAGAGGAUUCAAGACUUUCCACCUGGACAACCAAAAACGGCAAGGGAAAGCCUCAAAACAAUCGCAGCAAAAAAUGGGUACAUCAUGUUCUACAACUUAAUAGAGAGUUCAGGACUGAUUGGUGUCAUUAACAAUCCUCUUCAUCAGCCAGUCACCUUGUUUUGGCCUUCUGACAAAGUAAUUAGGGCUCUUCCAAAGGACCAGCAGGACUCACUGUUUAAAAUGUCAGAUAAAGAGAAACUGCUACAAUACUUGAAAUUCCACGUUAUUGGAAGUGCUAAGAUUUUAGCCUAUGCCCUCCCUACCUCUGAUUCACUUAAGACUCUUCAAGGUUCUGAUCUCAGUGUGACAUGUGGUGAUGAUGACAGCAGUACUGGUGAUCUGUUCCUCAAUGAAAGGAAGUGUAAGAUAGUACAAAGGCAUAUGGAGUUUGAUGGUGGCAUCACUUAUGGUAUUGACUGCAUGUUAACAGAUCCUACCUUUGGAGGUCGAUGUGAUGAUUUUAUCGCUUCUGUUUUUCCGGGUGACUGUAUUGGUUGUUACAGAACUGUUCAGUGUCCUGCUGGGAGUAAAGCAAUGGGAGACAUAAAGCCAUGUACUUACACUGCCAAUCACAGGAUCUUGAAAGGCUGUCGCAAGGAUUGUACUAUGACAGUCAGGAUAGCACAGUGUUGCAAGGGCUACUUUGGCAAUGAAUGUCAAGCCUGCCCAGGAGGGCCAGAAGCUCCAUGUAAUAACCGUGGUUCAUGUGAUGAAGGAUAUGCUGGCACUGGGGAAUGUACAUGUAAUCCUGGCUUCAAUGGAACGUCAUGUGAGCUCUGUCUGCCAGGAAGAUAUGGCUUGGAUUGCAAAUCUUGUGAAUGUACAACACAUGGACAAUGCGAUGAAGGAAUUUCGGGAUCAGGACAGUGUUUCUGUGCAACUGGAUGGACUGGACGGCUCUGUGAAACCCAAAUUGCCUUAUCCCCAGUGUGUUCUCCCAGCUGCUCCAUUAAUGCUGUGUGUCAAGAGCAAAACACCUGCCUGUGUAAACCAUAUUAUACUGGAGAUGGAAUCACAUGUACAGCUGAGAACCUUUGUAAGAAAAGCAAUGGUGGCUGUCAUAAGAAUGCAAAAUGUGUACAAAUUGGUGUUCAAGUCAAUUGCACGUGUCAGAAAGGAUACAAAGGAGAUGGCCACACCUGCAUUACUAUCAACCCUUGUGCAGAUGGACUCAAUGGUGGUUGUCAUGAACAUGCUGUUUGUACAAUGACAGGACCUGACAAGCGCAAGUGUGAAUGCCAAGAUAAGUACAUUGGUGAUGGAAUUGAUUGUGAAAUAAAACAGCUACCAGUGGACAGAUGUCUGCAAAACAAUGGACAAUGCCACGCUGAUGCUAACUGUGCCGAUCUCCAUUUCCAAGAUACUACUGUUGGAGUUUUUCAUGUACGCUCUCCAAAGGGUCAGUAUAAAUUGACUUUUGACCAAGCAAAUAAGACCUGUGCAGAUGAAGGAGCAACAAUAGCUACAUACAGUCAGCUUGCAUAUGCUCAGCAGGCAAAGUUCCAUCUAUGUGCUGCUGGCUGGCUGGCUAAUCAAAAAGCAGCAUAUCCAACCGCCUUCUCCGCUCCGAAAUGCGGUGGGGGAGUUGUUGGGAUUAUCGACUAUGGGAUCAGACUCAACUUGAGUGAAACGUGGGAUGUCUUCUGUUACAGAGUCAAAGAUGUCAACUGCACCUGUAAAACUGGUUAUGUGGGUGAUGGAUUUACAUGCAGUGGGAAUCUGCUUCAAGUCCUCGUUUCUUUACCAGCAUUUUCAAACUUUGUGUCAAGGGUUCUGACUUACUCAAAUACAUCAAGGCAAGGCCAAGAGUUCCUGAAAAACCUCACAAAUCUGUCCAUUCGUGCAACACUGUUUGUACCAAACAAUGAUGGGCUGAAGGAAAAUGAGACACUUUCUGGAAGAGAUAUUGAAUAUCAUUUAUCCAACACGGGUACAUUUUAUUAUGAAGAUUUGACCAAUGGAAGUACCCUUCAAACCAGAAUAGGGAAAAGACUGUUAAUUAUACACAGUGAAGACCAGAUUUCUGCAGCUAACAAGAUGGCAACAAGGUAUGUGGAUGGACAAGCUAUCCUUGGGUGGGACAUAGUUGCUUCCAAUGGGGUCAUCCAUGUCAUCGCAGCACCUCUGAAGGCUCCUCCUCUACCCCAUGCUUCUCUACACCCUGGAGUUGGAAUAUUCUUUGCAAUCCUUCUGGUCAUAGGAAUCAUUGCUCUUGCUGGAUAUUCAUACUUCAGAUUUAAGCAGGAAACCAUUCGUUUCCAACAUUUCAAGGAAAAGGAUGAUAUUGAUGUAACUACACUGGACAAAGCACAGUCUUCAAACAUCUCAAAUCCUAACUAUGAAAGCUCAACAACUUCAGCACCAGAUUCUUCAUAUGAUCCAUUUUCUGUUUCUGAUGAACAGCAGCUGGUGAGCAAUGGUCCUCAUGAUGAGUUCUGAUACCCUAACUCAGAGAUGAUGAAAUCAUUUUUCAGCUAAAACAUAACAUGAAGAUACAAGGCAAUGUAAACACAUUUCUGGCUUUCCAAAAGGGCAUUUGUGAAGACUAUGGAAAAUUCUCAGCCAAGUUGUUGAAGGCAGUUUGAUUUCUUUAGAACUCUUGUUUUACUACUUCACUGCAGUUCCUACUUUGCAGACAUCAAAAUGUUCUUCAGAGUUUGCUACUGUUCUGCUUUCUUUACUUCAUAAUUUUCAUGGAGAAAGGGGGGCUCCUUAUAUACUGCAGAAGUAGUUAGCUACACAGUUUAAAAACAAAAUAAUGCUUAAUAAAGACCAGACAUGGGAGUACUUAUUUAGCUUGAUUGAAGCUUGAUAUUGUAGGGACCCUCCAGUUUUUAAAAGAAAAGAAAAAAAUGUAUUGUAACGCAGCUGAAUCAUUUUAAAAGAACAGAUCAGUGUUCAUUACAAACCUUAAGAUGUUUAUAUACAGAUAUAACCAACUUUUUUUGUAAUAAAAUAUCAUCUUGUCCAGGUAAAGGACUAUUGAGGCCUUUAGGGGCUCAUGUGCCUUUUAAUUAAGGAAUCAUAUUUGCAAGUUUUGGUGGUUUUGCUUCCUGGGGCAUUAAUGAGUUCUGUUAAUUGUCCCAAUGUCUGCUAUUGUUUCCAUAGAAGCAGGCUGUAAUUACGUUGCCUUCUUCUAAGUAGCAGUAUCUUGCUAUAGAAGUGAAUAGAGAAUGCAAAACAAAGUAAUUAAGGCCUGUCCACCAUAGGAACAGAUAAGGCAAUUGAGAGACAGAGACAGUUCCUCUUUUCUGCCCCCCCCCAAAAAAACCUCAAUGCUCAUUAGGAGUCAAUAAUACAGGCUGAACCUAGCAGUAAAUGUUUAACAUUGUUGGGAACCCUUCACAAACUGGAGAUUUGGGUGCCAGUAAACAUAAAAGGCUUUUUUCUUCAUAGGUUAAAGGAAUGCUGGAUAAUACAGAGCAAGAUGAAGUGCUUGCAUGGAACCUCCAUAUAAAUUCCACUUCAGUUGAGCACUAGAGUAGAAAUAACCACAUAAAAUUUCAUAAUGCGUUUACCCCAUGAAAGGGCUGACGAAAUCCAUAUUGAGAUGUAAAUAACAACUUACCAGUGGUUGGUAAGAUAAGGCAAGACAUUUUUAUGAACUGUGAUUUGGUUCUCUCUCCUCUUUCAAGUCACAAAUUAUUUACAGCAAGGCUUAACAGCAAGCCAGGCUUGGGGAAGCUAUUAGAAAUAAGUAGGCUAGUAUUUUGUGGGCUUAUUUGCAGGACUGUAUGAUAAAUCUAAAGCUAAGCAAGUUCAAAUCUCCAUGUUGCAUACUCAGAGACCUUUUGCGGCUGUGUUAGCUGGUCCCAGGCUAUGGUCUGAAGGCACAUAAGACCCGCUCCCUGCUGAAGCUAAACAGGGUCAGGUCUGGUCAGUGCCUGGAUGAGAGACUGCCUGGGAAUAUGUAAGCCACCUUCGGUUUCCAUCAUGAAAAGAAAGGCAGGGUAUAAGUGUAAUAAAAAAUAAAAGUGUUAUUCUAAAAGAAGAACCAUGUGUGCAGCCUUGAGGCCCUUGGAAGGUGGGGUAUAGAUAUAAAAUAAAUACUGUGCAUUCUGCCUGCCAUUAAGUGACAGAUGACUUUCAAUCUUCUGUAAAGAAGAAUUCAGGCCAAACUUUAUCCUAGCUGAUGGAAAAAGAACACUGCAACAGGAGAACACCAAACAUGGUGGCUAAGAAAUUUAAAUAGGUUUCCUGUGAUUGUAGUAUCCCAUCUUUUUAGAAUAAAAGGCUGCAAUCCAGAAGGGCACAUGUACUCAAAUUAGUUGUAGAAUUUUCCUCUGGCAACUUAUGCCAUCAUCUGAAAAACUAACUGAUAUAUCAUACUGCCAUUUUUCUCACAUCUCUACUUCAUCCAUGAAUUUCCUUUGAAACAGUUCCUUCAGGUUUAGUUGAUGAUUGCCCACUGUUUCCCUUCAAAUACACAUAGUUUCAUUCUAUUGGAAGACAUUUUCAUUUGAAGAAAUCUUUAAAAAUCUGCAUUAAAGCUUCUAAAUGAAUUAGAAUUUUAAUUAAUAUGACAAGUCAUUUAUUGCAUGAAGAAAAGUUAAUGAUGCUGUAACAAAGUCAUUUUGUUGAAUACAAAAAAGUUAGCUUGACAAGAUUGACAACGGUAAGUUCCUAUGGAAUCAAAUUCUAGUUUUUGGGUAGUCAGUUUGUUGAGAAGCAAACUAUUUGCUUCAUUUUUGGUAUUCAAAUACUAAUGAAAUUCCAUAUGGCACAAUAUCAGUAAAAUUGUAGGUGCUAAUUAGAAGUGACUAAAAUGACAUCAGAGGAAUAACAGUAGAAAUAAACAAAUGAUAGUUUGUAGCUCAUUGUCCAAGGGCAUUCCCCAAUCACUUAACAUGCAAAACCAUUUUUACAGUAUAAGAUACUAUAUAGCAGCAAUCAGCACCAGCAUACAAAAAAAUAAAGUUUUUAUUCUGCAAUAGAA